AUGUUAGACAUUAGCAAAGAUUCACGUGAUGUCGAAGCCAAUCUGUUGGUUAAUAGUGACAGGGAUGAUUCAGAAGGCUCUUUAUUGAGAAUGGGAGGAGUUAAAGGAUCCCCAACGAACACUAGAAAAGCGCUUGAGAUGGUGGACAACCAGCUCAAGGAAAGCUUCGAAGUCGAAGACAAUGGAUUAGACAAAGACAUCUCUCAUGAAAAUAAGAAGGACGAAGAGAAUAAGUCUUCAUACUUCAAUGCCUUCUUUGGACUAUUCAUGAUGAUAAUUGGAGUGAUACUCUUCUCCCUCUCGACAGUGUUCUGUAAACUAGCUUACAUGAACAACCCUAACUUGUCAGGUUUUGACUACCUGAUAGUAAGAAGUUUGAUCCUUACUUGUUGUGCUCUCUUCCAGGCUUUCUCUCAAAAAGUUAAUCUCUUGGAUAUCAAGAAGGAAGGUAGGUUAUACCUAGCACUGAGAUGCUUCCUUGGUAUCUUGGCAUCUCCGAUGUUCUAUUGCUCGAUCAAGUUCUUACCUACUAGUAAGGCUACUUUGAUUAGCAAGACCCAUCCUCUCUUUGUGACCCUCUGAGGAUAUCUUUUCCUCAAGGAAAAGAUGACUAAGUAUGAUACACUUGCUGUCAUUGGAGCUUUUGCUGGUGUUGUUACGAUGAACAUCAACAAAACAGAUUCAACCAAGAUUGAGACUUCUGACUACCUGACUAUACUUGGAGUUAUCCUUUGUGCGGGAGCAAUGUUGCUAGGUGUUGGGGUUUCUCUUUCAAUUAGAGUGAUGAACAAGCAUUUGCAUUACAUGAUGAAUCCAGCAUGGUUUGCCUUCACUCUGACUCUAUCAGCAUUGUCUUUAUUAAUAGUGUAUCCAUCGUUGUUCAAUUUCAAGCAUUAUACAGUCAUAGAUAUGGUAUGGUUCUUCUUAAGCGGAGUAUUGCACUUCAUUCACCAGAACUUCAUCAGCAUUGCAUACAAGUAUCAGGAGGCUAGUAAAAUUUCACCUCUAAGUUACUUCUCAGGAGUCUUUCUGCUGUUUUCAGACUUCAUUAUCUUUGGAUACGAGUUCUCAUUGACAGAUUACAUUGGAUUGGUCCUAGUCACAGGAUUUUUGCUAUUGCCUAUCAUUUACAAGCUGUAUGUUCUAAAGAAGUAAAUUUUGAUAAAUUUUGCAAAGGA